AUGGGACAUGGUGACGUACGGGUUGGUGAGGGUGUUGGAGGGGCACAGGGGGAGCAUAACGGCGUUUUUGGUGGUGGGGGAGAGGGUGUGCACGGCGGGGACGGACGAGGUGGUGAGGGUGUGGAGGUUGAGGACGAGGUUGAGCCAGGAGGUGAGGAGGGUGGUGGGGACGGAGGCGGAGAGUUUGAGGUUGAGGGGGAUGUGUUUGGUGGAGUUUCCGGAGGUGGUGGGGAGGUGCAAGUGGUUGGUGGAGUUGGAUUUGUCGGGGAACGGGAUGAGGGAGUUGUCGGAGAGCGUGGGGGGGUUGAGGGGUUUGAGGAGGUUGAACGUGUCGAGGAACGAGUUGAGGGAGUUGCCGGAGUCGUUGGGGAAUUUGAAGAGGUUGGAGAGUUUGGAUUUGUCGAGCAAUGGGUUGAGGGUGGUGCCGCUGUCGUUGGAGGGGUUGGAGUCGUUGAGGGAGUUGGACUUGUCGAGGAACAGGUUGAGGUUUUUGAUGCCGUUUUUGCGGGAGUUGCCGUUGAGGGAGUUGAGGGUGGAGGGGAACGAGGGGAUGGAGGAGGGGGUGGGGAGGGGGGCGUCGUCGGCGAUGGUGUGGUGGAGGGGGGGCGAGAGGGAGUUGGAGAGGCAUUUGAGAGAGUUGAGGGAGAGGUGCGGGAGGGAGAGUCCGGGGGUGGAGUUGGCGGUGGUGGGGGUGAGUGGGAAGACGGGGAGGGGGAUGAAGGAGUUGAGGUGCGAGAUGAGGAGGAUGUGCAGGUGGCACGGUGGGGCGAGGGGAGCAGUUGGAGAGGAGGGUGCCGCAGAAGUACUUGA